UUUAGCAAAUACAUGUACCUAGGCAGUAAAGGGAUUUAGGAUGCAUUAAAUGAUUAUGUUAACUUUUAAUUUAGCAAGGAUGUGACCAGAUUAAUUGGUUUCAAACAUACUUCCUAAAUGUUAUCCAACCUUUUAUCAAAAGUUCUUCGGCGACAGGUCCAUCAUUAUAAGAGUAGAAAACAGUUGUGCAAGAUGUCAUUUAGUUCUAGUCAAUCAGAACCAGGAAGUCCUCUGAUAGGUGUAUGUCAACUGACAUGUACAGCAGACAAAACGCAGAAUUUCCAGAUGGCAGAAUCACUAAUUAAAAGGGCUUCAAGCAGGGGAGCAAAGAUGAUUUUCCUGCCUGAGGCAGCAGACUACAUCGGAGAGACUAAAUCUCAGAGCAUUGAGUUGGCGGAAACUUUGGAGGGAGAAACCAUAUCCAGAUACAAAGACCUCGCCAGACAGGAGUCAGUCUGGUUGUCUUUGGGGGGAUUUCACCAGAGGAGUGAGGAAGAAAAGGACAGCAGGGUUUUAAACACACAUGUGAUAAUUGAUAGUCAAGGUCAAGUCAAGGACACUUACAGUAAGACACACUUGUUUGACCUUGACCUAGUGGGCCGUGUCAGACUGUGUGAGAGUGAUUAUACUAUUCCAGGGAAAAGAGUUACGCCCCCUGUUCAAACACCUGUAGGAAAUGUUGGAAUGGAAAUUUGUUAUGACUUGAGGUUUCCCGAGUUGUCAUUAGUUUUAGCCCAGCAGGGAGCAGACAUCUUGACCUUUCCCUCAGCCUUCACAGUGACCACUGGAAUGGCACAUUGGGAGGUGUUGCUUCGGAGUCGUGCAAUAGAAACCCAGUGUUAUGUAGUGGCAGCAGCUCAGUCUGGGAAACACAACAACAAGCGGUCAUCUUAUGGCCAUUCCAUGGUAAUCGAUCCUUGGGGCACUGUUGUAGCUCAGUGCAGUGAUGGGGUGGACGUCUGUUUUGCUGAAAUCAAUUUGGAUUACAUCCGAAAAAUCCGAGAGGAGAUGCCAGUGAUGACACACAGGAGGCCAGAUUUAUAUGGAGUUUUACAAUCUUACAGCAAAGGAAAUAUAGAUGAGGUGCCUCACUACCAAUUUGGUCAGCAUUCUGUGGGAUGUGGACAAGUAUUCUAUAAGACUGCUCUAAGCCUGGCAUUUGUCAACAUUAAACCUGUGCUUCCUGGUCAUGUCCUUAUAUCUUCCCUCCGUCCUGCCAAACGUUUUAGUGACCUCACACAGUCUGAGUUAGCAGAUCUGUCAUUGUGUGUUCAGACAGUAAGCAGAGUUGUAGAGAAACACUUUAAUGGAACAUCUCUCACCAUCGCUGUACAGGACGGGGCAGAUGCCGGGCAGUCUGUAGAGCAUGUACAUGUGCAUAUCUUGCCGAGGAAACCAGCAGAUAUUCCAAAUAAUGAUGAUAUCUACAGAGAGCUGGCUGAUCACGAUAAAGAUAUGACCUCAAACCUUCGAUCAGAGGAGGAAAUGAACCGUGAAGCUGCCGCUCUGAGGCCCUACUUCCUAUAGAAAAACAAGGAAAAAGACUUUUACGAAUGACUGACAGUGGCUCUUUAUAAGCAGAUUUUACUUUAAUGUUUACUGGCUUGUAGUAAUCAGAGACCAAAAGUAUUCUGCAAAGCAGAUAAUAUUUUAUAUGAUAUUGUUCCACUGAUCUGUGUUCACACAGAUAGAUGUACAGGUACUCAUAAUUUAUGCAGUUAAUGAACAUAUAAUGAAUUUAAAAAUGCAGCAAGACUGUUGAAAUAUGUCACAUUUUAAUGAAAGAUAUGGUCAGUGUA